AUGGUGAUGUAGUAUUGGAAUUUGGAACAACCCAAAGUUUCCAAUUAGGGCUUGCUGAGCCUGAUCGUACACCCACCCAGCUGUCACACUAUUCUGGUCUCGCAGAGAGAGAGAGAGAGAGAAAGAGAGAACGAUUGGAAGAGUUGCAAUCGUACUCUUAGGGUUAGGGCUUCGAGAGGCGUCAGGAUUGCGAUCUCCGUUGAGGUUGAAAGGAGGGCGCUUGUAUUGGGUUGAAGGCUGUUUAUUAUGUUUGCCAGAUGCGGUCUGUGGCAGAUAUGUGCUCCUAAUAGUUUGCAGGUUUUGUAGUUUUGGUGUUUUUUCUGAAGAAAGUCAAUUUAACCACUCUUUUUGGAAGUAGCUAUGCUACCCACUGGAGCAAGAGAUACUCAACUCAGCAAUAACCAAAAGGUUCAUCCACAACCCAUGGAAGAGGCCAUGAAUCAGAAUCCAGAAGCUGUGGAAGCCUUGAUAUCUAAGGUUUUUACGAACAUCUCUUCCCUGAAGUCAGCUUACAUCCAGCUCCAAGCUGCUCAUACUCCCUAUGACCCUGAAAAAAUUCAAGCUGCAGAUAAACUUGUAAUUUCUGAGCUAAAAAACCUUUCUGAACUUAAGCACUUCUACAGGGAGAACAAUCCCAGCCCAGUUUGUGUUUCUCCACAGGACUCCCGCCUAGCUGCAGAGAUUCAAGAACAACAAAUUCUGCUGAAAACCUAUGGGGUUAUGGUUAAGAAAUUCCAAUCUGAAAUCCAGAAUAAAGAUUCUGAAAUCCUUCAGCUUCAGCAGCAUAUUGAGGAGGCAAAACAGAAGCAAGCAAAGUUGGAAAAGAAUCUAAAGCUCAGGGGCAUGUCUACCAAAGAAUCGGAAGGUUCCGCUGAUGAAAAUGGUUUUCCGCCUGUGGAUCUAACUUCCGAUCUCUUCACUUCAGUUGUUGAAGCUGCAUACAAAGCUAUUCAUGAUUUUUCUAAGCCGCUGAUUAACAUGAUGAAGGCAGCUGGGUGGGACCUUGAUGCAGCAGCCAAUUCUAUUGAACCCAGUGUUGUUUAUGCAAAGAGACCUCACAAGAAGUAUGCCUUUGAGUCCCAUAUUUGCCAAAGAAUGUUCAGUGGCUUUCAGCAGGAAAGCUUCUCCCUUAACUUAGACAAUCUUACAGUCACUAAGGAGAGCUUCUUCCACCAAUUUCUUACACUACGGGACAUGGAUCCAUUGGACAUGCUUGGCCAAAAUCCAGAUUCUGUUUUUGGGAGAUUUUGUAGGAGCAAGUACCUGGUAGUGGUUCACCCAAAAAUGGAGACUUCGUUUUUCGGGAAUUUAGAUCAACGAAAUUAUGUAAUGGGUGGGGGGCAUCCAAGGACUCCUUUUUACCAGGCUUUUCUAAAACUGGCCAAGUCAAUAUGGCUUUUGCAUAGGUUGGCUUAUUCUUUUGAUCCUCGUGUUGAGGUCUUUCAGGUCAAGAGGGGGAGUGAGUUCUCGGAGGUUUAUAUGGACAGUGUGGUGAAGAAUUUAAUAAUGGAUGAAAGUGAUCAAAAGCCUAAGGUUGGUCUCAUGGUUAUGCCUGGUUUCUGGAUUGGAGGCAGUGUGAUUCAAAGUCGGGUUUAUCUCUCUGGCAUGAAGGUUGCUGAAUGACGGGCCAGAUCUGUGCCAAUCAAUGUUCAUAUGGGUAUGCAGUGUGUUUUUAUAGUCUGUUGCUUUCAUAAUAUGUUGUUGUUGUUUGUGGUUUUUCCUUUGUAUAAUUGUAAGAUGAAAUGAGCUAUUAAACACUUACUCAAAUGAUCUCUCUCUCUCUCUCUCUCUCUCUCUCUCUCGGUGCUGGUGCAAGUGUUUGUGUAAUAACUGAUACGCACAUAUGUUCUCACUGUUUGUUAGAAACUGAGUGUAUAAAAAACCAUGAGGAAAAUGAGUUCAGAAUUUUAAUGUGAUACUCAUGGUCAUGCAGCAUUUA